CUUUUUACUGAGUUUUGGCAACAUAUAGCUUAAAGAGCAGAAAAGCAGCUGUGAACUGUUUUUAAAGUUAUUGUUUAUGUAACGAUAUGUAUCGUUUAAUAAUUAUUCAAGUGUUUAAAUUUCAGCGAUCAAAAAUUAAAUGAGAAAUUUUUCAUGUUUGUGAUUUUUACACAUGUAAAAACUUUUACUGAAAGUAAUCCUUGUGUCAACUUGACCAAGGCGGAAAUCACCAAAUUCCUGUCUUAUAUGUUUUUAUCCCUCAGUGACCAACACCUGUCAAAUAUUUAGAAUAAAUAUGUGUGCGUUACCUCUUUCCAAAGUUCUUCCUCAGCGAAAAUCUAAUAGCUUAGAUGCAGAGCGAGAGACUUUCGAACGCUCUCAAAGCAUCAGUAUAUCCAAAGCUAUAAAUUGUCAAGAAUCACCUGUUAAAGAAAAGCAUGUUCGGUCUGCAAUCAUUGGUACUUUCAAUGAAAAAGCUGCUGGAACUUUUUGGGGUGUUGUUUUGAAGCUCCCUUUGCAAGGCAAUCCUAUUGUAUGUUGGAAGUUCUGCCAUGUUUUACACAAAGUUUUAAGAGAAGGGCAUCCUAAUGCUAUUUUGGACUCCCAGAAAUAUCAUACAAGUAUAAAAGAUUUAGGAAAAUUAUGGGGUCUUCUAAAAGAUGGUUAUGGAAGAUUAAUCCAAUGUUAUUGUACACUUUUAUUGGCCAAAUUAGAAUUUCAUAGAAAGAACCCACGAUUUCCUGGUAAUUUGAAUGUGACAGAUGAGGAGUUAGAUAUUAUUGGCGAAAGAGAUGUUAAUGUUUUUUUUCAAAUGAGCUGUGAAUUUUUUGAUUACAUGGAUGAAAUUCUUGCACUUCAGAAUGCUGUGUUUGGAUCUUUGGAUAUGUCAAGAUCAAAUUCAAUGACAAAUUGUGGGCAAUGCCGACUUGCACCUCUUAUUCCUUGCAUUCAAGAUUCCAGUCAGCUUUAUGAUUAUACUGUUAAAGUUCUUUUCAAACUUCAUGCUGCUCUACCUCCUGAUACCCUUAUUGGACAUAGAGAACGUUUUUUAAAACAAUUCAAAAGUCUGCAACAGUUUUAUCUGAAUGCUACUAAUCUACAGUAUUUUAAACAUCUAAUACAUGUACCAUUGCUUCCUGAGAACCCUCCAAAUUUUUUGAUUGCGUCUGAUUUGAGUGCUCACGUGAGUCCAGUAGUUAUAUUGCCUCCUCACACGGAUACGCCUGAGAAUGAGACCGUAGAUAUGAACUUAGUUGAUACCACCGUGCCAAAAGUAGCUGCAAGUCCAGAUGUUUUAGAGGGAGUGUUUAGUCAUCGAAAUUCUGUUGAUUAUCCGAGAAAUGGGUCAAGCUCUCCUGACACUAUGAGUGAAAAAGAUCAAUUAAUCGAAAGAUUGCAAAGAGAAAUUGAAUUAUUAAGGAUGGAUUUACAAAGGAAUAAAAUUGAAUAUGAAAGGAAAAUUGAUGAUUUCAAACGUCAGUUUGUUAAUCUGGAAGCUCAUAUUUCUGAGCAAGAGCAAAUUAUAAGAAGUUUGAGAGAAGAAAAUGAGAAUAUGAAACAGAGUGUGUCUUCAGAAGAAGUAUCAUCUGAAGUUGUCCUAAAGCUCCAGGAAGCUGAAAAGAAAGCUAAAAUGCAAGAAGAUAAAUUCAUAAAAAUGAAAGAAGUGUAUAGUAAACUUCGUGAAGAACACAUUAAUCUAUUAAGAGGGAAAGCUGAAGCAGAUAAACAGAACUCAGUAUUAAAGUCUUCAGUAGAUUCUAUAGAAAUUGAAAAACAAAAUUUGUCCCAAAGAGUUGUAGAGCUUAUUUCAUCCCAAAAAAUGGAGCAAGAGAAGAUGCAAAAGUCAUCUAGUUGUGAAAAGGAGCUCAAUGCUUUGUUAAUGGAAAAAGCAGACUUGGAAGAAAAGAAUCAGAAUUACAAGGAUGAGCUUUCUAUUGUACAGUCAAAGUCUUCUUCCUUAGAAAAAGAGUUGAGUGCUAUUCAUGAAACUGUUAAAGAUCUUGAUUCAAAACUGAAAGACGCACAAGUCCAUUAUAAAUUGUUAGAAGAUACCAAUAAAUCUGAGUCCCAGAAAAAGUUUUCCUAUUUAGAUUGUGUUUUUAGAGAGUCUGAGCAUAUUAUUCAAACUGCUGUAGAUGAUUUUGAUAGACCUAUUUUGGCAGUCAGUAAUACCACUCCAGAAUACUUUUUGCAGCAGUUGGGUAAUAUAACAGUAACUACUGAGCAAUUUGAAAACGCUUACUUGAAAUUUUCUGAUGAUCCUGAUGCUGUUGAAGAUGUUAUACAAUCUGCUGUUCCUUUUGCUCACUUGCUGUCCAAUGUGUUGUUGGAAGGAAAGGCCACUUCAAAUGCUUCUCCUAAUAUUGAACUAGGAGAUGAACUUGCUGUUUAUUGUAAAAAUAUGGGUUUAGAAGGAGUCAACUUGUUUAAAGCUUUUCAAGAUAAAGCUGAUAAAGAUGAAAUAUUAGAAGUUUUCAUCAAAGUUUCCACUGAAAUUGGAAACACCAUGAAAGUUAUGGAAGUUCUUGUACCAAAUAUGUCUCAAGAUCUAUCCAAUAAACUUGGAGACAUCAUUGGCAGAGAGCUGAAACAAAUGGAUAUAGACAUUGAAGAGGCAGCACAAAAAAUUCAAGAUAUGUUAAACAACAGUAAAGCUGGAGAUUCUGGUAUGAAAUUAGAAGUCAAUAGCAAGAUAUUAGAUUCUUGCACAAGUUUAAUGCAGGCUAUUAAAGUACUUGUUCAUACUUCAAGAAAUCUUCAAGAAGAAAUAGUUUCUCAAGGAAAAGGAACUGCAUCAAUUAAAGAGUUCUACAAUAGGAACCACAGAUGGACUGAAGGGCUUAUUACAGCUGCUAAAGUUGUAGGCUUGGGAGCAAAAUUUCUAGUCAAUGCUGCCGACAAAGUGGUUAGUAAGCAGACAAAAUUUGAAGAGUUAGUUGUUGCAUCACAACAAAUAGCUGCAGCUACUGCACAGUUAGUAGUUGCAUCUCGCGUGAAAGCAGACAGGGGUAGCGAGAAACUCAGUAAGGUAUCUCAAGCUUCCAAACAUGUAACUCAGGCUACUGGUCAAGUUGUUGCUACAGCAAAAAGUUGCGCAGAAAUGGUGGAAGAAUCUGAAGAUAUGGAUUUUUCAAAAUUAACCCUUCAUCAAGCAAAAAGAUUAGAAGUUGAAUCUCAGGUAAGGGUGUUAGAACUUGAAAGCUUACUUGUCAAAGAAAGAGUAAAGCUAGCUGGACUCAGAAAGAAACACUACCAAUUAGCUGGUGCUAGUGAAGGUUGGGAUGAAGAGGCUUUUGCACAAUGAGUACCAAAACUACAAGCUGAAGAAUAUUGAUAUUCAGUUUUUUUUUAUUAUUAUUAUUCACUACAGAGAGAAUGUUUAAAGAUAUAUAUAUAUAUAUAAUAUACAUGUUAUACAUCAUUAUUUCUGUAUCAUUCCUACAUUUUUAUUUUCAAAAAUUCUUUAUGCAUUUGUGGCCUUUAUGUAAAUAUAAUUAAGUUAUAUUGUCAUAAUCAUAUUUCUAUUUAAAGAGCUUUAUUCUUUAUAGAUAAUUUAGUCUAUGAUUCUUAUUUCAGCUUUUUCAAUUUAUAUAGCAAUUUGGAAAAGAGGAAAUAUGUACAGAGAUUUUAGAUGUUAAGUGCUUUACUUUUAUGUUCAUAACUUCAGAUAUUUAGUUUAAUUAAUUUUCAUCGAAAUCAUUUGCACUUAUGACUUAUAAUAAAUUAUAAAAAGCAUUAAUUUAAGCUUUUUUUCAUGCAUUUAGUAUAAUGUUUAUAAUUUUUUUACUCCAUUUAUUGCUUUUGAAUAUUUAAAACUGAAUUCUCAUCAUGAAAUAUUCAUCUUUUUCAUAAAUUUAUAUUUACUAAGCAAGUUCUUUUUUAAAAGUUUGUCUUAAGUUUUGUUAUUCUAAUUUCAUCAGCUGAAAUUUAUUUUUUAAAUAACUAUAGAAAGUUACUUAUUAUAGAAUAUUGAAAAAAAUUUAUAUCUACUUUAUUUAUGACAUAGAACUAGCUGAUUUUUUAAUCAUAAAAUGAGAGCUGAAUGUUUUUAUUUUUACUUAUGGGGAUAAUUUUAUUAGUUUUUAACACCCAUUUUAUAUAAGAAACAUUUUAAAAAAAGAGAAUGAAUUUUUGAAGAAUCAAUUUACAUUCAUCAAAUGUGUUAUUUAUGUGACAAACAUUUUGUUUUCAUAAUUAUUGGAUGUAUUAAGCAAUACGAGAUAUAACUAAAUGUUGAUCUAAUAAAUGUUUAUAAUGUCUUUGUUCUGUUUUUUUAAUUUAUUGAAUUAAAAGAUAAAGAUUUGUCGUUACUAUAAUAAAAACUGAUUUUUUAAAUCUUAUUUACUUUAAAAAGCUAAUUGUACUUUUUACAAUUAAUAUUAAUCAGUGUUGUUGAAAUUACUAGCAACUUAAUAAGUUGAAUCUUGUAAAAAUUUAUUGUACUGUUCUUUUCUUGAAAUAACUAGUAAAUUAAAUACUAAAUUAUUUUGUACUUAUAUUUUAACCAAGUUAAUAUCUCUGAAAAAAUGUUUAUUCUCACAAAUACCACCAUACAUGUUUAGUAAAAAAUUUAAAGUACUACAAAUGAAGGUUAAACAUGGAUUUUACUUAUGAAUCAGCAUGGACAGUGGUAAACUAGUACCCUAAUGGUUUGUUACGUGACGCCUCUAGUACCAUGUUUAAAGUCAUAAGUACAUUAAUUCUGCUACUUUUACAAAUGAAUAGCUCAACUUUAAUAUGCUUUCAAUAUAGAAAUUUUAAGACAGUUGAAUUUACCUAUUGAUACUAAUUAGACAAAGCAAACAAUCUAAAUGCUGAUAUUCUUUUUUGCCACUUAAGUAAUGUAUAUAGCUGAUAAUGUGAAUUUUAAUAACUUAAUUUUUUUAUAUGCCAGUUUAAGAAUUCAUUAAAGCUGUGUAAUUCUUCUAAAUAUUUUAUAAUUAGUUGUUGGAAGACUUUUAAAAUACAUAAAGCUUUAAAAAUGUAUAUUAUAAAAGGUUUUAUAAACAUUGUAAGAAAAUGAGUUUCUCGUGUGGAAUUUUCUUCUAAUGUAUAAGUAGAAAAUGUUUUUAAUACUAUUUCAUAUUGCAGCUAAUAGAUCAAAAUAAAGUUUAAUCAAAAUUUUUAUAACUUUUAGAUGUAAAAGCUUACAAUUGCAGAGUUUAUUGAAAAUAUUAUAUUUUUAUUAAUAUCAACCUUGUUAUCAGUUGAAUUCUGAAAUUUAAUGAACUGCUAAUUAAAUAGUUGUGACUACAACAAAUUAUGUAAUUUAACUGCUAUAUACCGAUGCUUUGUAAUUUGUUCAUUUCUUGCUAAUAAAUUUUUUACAUUGUAAUACA